CUUUCAAAGAGUGCUGUCGAGUCUUGUCCACUUUUUGGGGUGCCGCGCAAUGGCCAGCAAUGGACGGUCAGGUGUCAUGGUGGAGUCCCAAGCUGCUCGGCGACGAGCCUUUCAGGCCUACUUUGCAGAUGAAGGGCAUUGCACCACGAGCCAGUGCGACUUCUUCCAGGUGCCGCGGGCUCGUGAGUUCUCGGUGGAUCGGAUGCAACGACCGGUGGUGGCCUCUUCUUUCCUUGGGGCUAUAGAGGCACCGGCUGCAUCAUCCACAGUGAGAGUGCUGACAGCUGCGCCUCCUUUGCGGAGUUCCUUCACAAUGUACCACGGCGACUUCCGGUCCGAGUUGUGCAGUGAUGGUGAGGCCAUGCGGAUCGACCCUGAGGGCAAACCAUACCUGGUGGACACCCAAGCUCGACAUGACGUCCAGCUGGACUUCGCCUUGAUGAUCGCUUUGGUGAUCUUCGUUGGAACUGCAGUGGCGGGCGUCACUUUCGGGAUGAAUCAGGCCAAGAAUCGUGAGGCCUCCGCAGGCUCAGAGGCCUCUGACGCCCCGGUAGCCGCUGUGGCCGGUGCUGGCGCUGUCGCAUCGCCUGCGGCGAAGACAAAGGCGAAGGCGAAGCCCAAGCCAAAGCCGAAGGCGCAAUCCUAGCGCGACCAAAGCUUUGCCGCGCGGAGAACCGGGACACGUUGGUGGGAAAUGCAGA